AGCGACCUCACAGGAGUAACCGGGUCUUUUUGCGCCUGUUUCGCUAUAUUUUUUCUCCAUUCACUUCCCCAUUCCCGCUACACUUUUGACUGGGGCUUUUGUUUCCCGGAUCCUCCGCCUCUCCUUCUGGCCCCUCCAUGGCUCCCUUAGCCGAAGUCGGGGGCUUCCUCGGCGGCCUGGAGGGCUUGGGCCAGCAGGUGGGCUCGCACUUCCUGCUGCCUCCUGCCGGGGAGCGGCCGCCUCUGCUGGGCGAGCGCCGGGGCGCCGUGGAGCGCGGCGCCCGCGGCGGGCCUGGGGCUGCGGAGCUGGCGCACCUGCACGGCAUCCUGCGCCGCCGGCAGCUCUACUGCCGCACGGGCUUCCACCUGCAGAUCUUGCCCGACGGCAGCGUGCAGGGCACCCGGCAGGACCACAGCCUCUUCGGUAUCCUGGAAUUCAUCAGUGUGGCAGUGGGACUGGUCAGUAUUAGAGGUGUGGACAGUGGUCUUUACCUUGGAAUGAAUGACAAAGGAGAACUCUAUGGCUCAGAGAAAUUGACUUCUGAAUGCAUCUUUAGGGAGCAAUUUGAAGAGAACUGGUAUAAUACCUAUUCAUCCAACAUAUAUAAACAUGGAGACACUGGCCGUAGGUAUUUUGUGGCACUUAACAAAGAUGGAACUCCAAGAGAUGGUGCCAGGUCCAAAAGACAUCAGAAAUUUACACAUUUCCUGCCUAGACCAGUGGAUCCAGAGAGAGUUCCUGAAUUAUACAAGGACAUACUGAUAUACAGUUGAAGCAUGAUAGUGUCUUCAUUGAAGAGCCAAACUACGACCAUUCUUUCUGGUCAGAGUUCUCAUUGUAAAAUAAUAACACAGGACUCUUCUCGGAAUGUUAUGGGAUUUUCUACUGGGUGGCUGAAUUUGGAAAGAAUAUCGAGAACAAACAAAAACCCCAUAUUUUGACUUGAAGUAGAUCAAGACCUCUCUUUCUGAGGGGAUUAAGUUCCCUUAGGUACACUGGUUUAGUCCUUACUGGUAGAGUGAAGCUGAAAAUCUGUUGAACUGUGGAUAAUGGGAACCCCACCUGGUUUGCUGCUGGUACCUCACCUCUCUGGAUUAUGUUUACUUUAAAAGUUACAUUAAAAAUAGAUACUUCAUGUUGAAGAAAUAAAUUGACACCAUUGGCCAAGAUUAUUGCUACAUAAAUUCUGAGGACCUUGUAGGAUUUUGUAGGCUACAGAGUGAUAUGUAAAAAUGCUGGAUGAAACAUGAACUAUAGAACAUACUGCACCAAGAUGGAACACUUUUUUUUUUUAAGGAUGGACCUAUUUAUACAUUUUCAAUUUGCAAAUAUUUAUUAUAUAUAUAUUUAUUUAUUAAAGAGUUUAUUUUUUACUGGUAUAUGAAGAUAAUACAAAGAAAAAAAACCAACAAAAAUUCUUUUAUUGUGCCAUUACUUUGUUGUGAUGUCCUGAGCUGUAGAAAAGACAUCAUUUUUGCAACAUAGUAAACAUAGAAUAAAAUCUUGAAUUUCUUUUUAAAAAUAAAGUAUAGCAUAGGUGAUAUAUUUUUUUGCAGUCAGUUGCCUUCUAAAUGUAACACUGGUUCCUUUGGCUUAGAAAAAUGCUUUAUCAAAUUGUAUUGAAUUCAACACACUUUUAAAAGGGAAUUAAAC